UUGAGCUCGUACUGGGUUGACGCAUGCGCAGUUCUCACUCUUGCUAUGAACCAAGCGUUUGUGUACCUUUUCCUUGUGUGACAUUUUGCCCGAGGGCUGCCUCCUCUCUCUCGUCUUCGCGUCUUUAAAACCCGUCGCCACGGCAAACACAGCCGUCAACGACACCGAAGCUCCAAAGUGAAGCAUUGAGACACCGUCCGCGUGGCCGGCCGCUCGUUCGCGUUGUCAGUCCAGAGCUGGGAGCAUGUUUACAUCGCAGACGUCGUCGUUCCAAGAUUCCAUUGACGUGGAGGAGAAAGAAGACUUCGACAGCGAGGAAAUUGCGGCGUACGGACAGAAGACCCAGUUGAACUGCUAUUAUGCCAUUUAUCUGUACGAGGGCACGAGAUCGGAGACUACCGAGGAAAACGCGGCUUGGAACCAGAGACGCGCAGACUCCACAACCAGUCAGGAGGACUUUAGCUUGACUCUGAUCGACAGCAGCUUGCCGAUGGAAGCGGAGCCCGAGCUUCGGACCUACAUCUCCAGGAGGCUGAGCAAAGGAGCCCUGCUCGGGGGCAUGGGCAACAUCGCCACCGUGGAGCUCAGCCUCCCAGAGCAGGCAGUGGGCUGUUACUGCUGCCUCCUGGAGCAGGAACGAUCGCCAGAGCAACCCGACGCCGACGGCAACGGACACGUCAUCUGCUUCCUGGGAGGCUCCGAAAAAGGACUCAACUUGUAUAGGCUAGAGCUUGAUAAGUACGUUCAAGGAUUGCAGAGCAGUCUGCAGACACCCGAGCUGCAAAACCUGGAAACGGAGCUCCGUCCCUACCUGAGCCGCUGGUACGACGAAUCCGUGAUGCACAUCUACCGCGUGGUGCAGCUGGUCCAGAGUAACGUCAGCUUCCUGCUGCACGCCGCUUUGAGUCACAAUCACGUGGAGGUCACCAACGCGGACGACCGGACGAAGGCAGACGUGUCCCGGUUCAUCAAAGCAGCCAGCUUGCAGGGCCUGUCGCAGCAGGACACCACGGCGGCCUCCCUCUGCAAGGCCAUGUCGGAGGACGCGCACUCCCACCUGACCGUCGACUGCGCCCACACGCCGCCCGCCCUCACCAACACCGUCAGCAACCGUUUCUGCGAGGACUGGACUCAGGCCUUUUUGAAAGCCGCGGAACGGGCCAACCCCUUCCUCCUCAGACAGAUCCUGGAGAACUUCAAACUGAAGGCCAUCCAGGACAUGAACAGCCUGAAGCGCUUCGUGCGUCAGGCCGAGAUGAGCCACUACGCCCUGUUUCGCUGCUGCCAGUUCCUGCAGGGCUGCGGCAACGGCGACGUGCUCCUCCAGAACGCCCGGGCGGAGCACAGCGACCUGCCCGAAGCCUGCCGCAUCAUCGCCGUCCUCGAGGAGUUCCUCAGGGAGCAGUCGUAGGCCUACUUGCCAUUCUGACACUCGAGUCCCGCUCCCAUGUUACUUCCUGACAUUCUAAAUACAUUUUGGGAGUUGAGUAAAAUUUUAUUUAUACUAUA